UCUAGAAAGAGCAGUGUAUCUCAUUUUCUUCGUGUUUUGUGUGUUAAAUAGCUGUUAAAACACAAAAGACAGAAAAAUGGCCAAGUCAAAGAAUCACACUAAUCACAAUCAGAGCCGAAAAGCACAUCGUAAUGGAAUCCAGAAGCCUAAACGCUACAGGCAUGAAUCCACUCUUGGAAUGGAUUUAAAAUUCCUACGAAACCAGAAAUUUGCCAAAAAACACAAUCUUAAGCCCGCCAUGCAAAAGAAAAGGGCAGCUUUCAGGAAAGCGAGGACAGAAGCUAAAGCUAAGAAAUAGAUAUCUUGUAAUGCCUCAUUUUUAUUAUAAUAAAAACAAAAAUUAACUAA